GCGACGGUUUCCGGCCCCCGCGGCCUCCAGUCCGCCCCUCCUUCACAAUCCUCUGCUGCGGGUGCUGGCCGGUCCCGGGGAAGGACCGAAGGGGACCCAGCCUGGCCCACGGCGGCUGCAGGAGGAUAUAAGCAUGAAUGGCAGCCGGAGAGUCAGAGCAACCUCUGUCCUUCCCAGAUAUGGUCCACCAUCCCUAUUUAAAGGACACUUGAGCACCAAAAGUAAUGCUUUUUGCACUGACUCCUCCUCUCUCAGAUUAAGUACUCUCCACCUGAUCAAGAAUCACAUGGCUGUUCACUAUAAUAAAAUCCUUUCAGCCAAAGCUAUGGUAGACUGCUCUGUUCCACUCAGUAUGAGUGCCAGCAUCAAAUAUGCAGACCAACAACGAAGAGAGAAGCUCAAAAAGGAAUUAGCACGAUGUGAAAGGGAUUUGAAAUUAGCUAAAACUGAAGUGCAGGCCAAUUUUAAAAAUAAUUCCAAGUCAUUAUUGAACACGCUACAAAAGCCUUCAGGAGAACCACAAAAUGAAGAUGACGUGUUAAUCGAAGAAGUGAAUGGCCGUUCAUCCUUUUCAAGGUCACCGGUAACUUCUUCAGAGAGACUACACCUAAGUCUACCUAAGUCCAAUAAAGUCCUCACAAAUGGUACUGAGAAGACCGCCCGCUCCUUCUUAUCCAGUGUGGAUCACACCGCCCCCGGACCCAGGAGAGUGUGGUCUGGAGCCUCGUGUGGCCGAGGGCCCAGGAGCACAUUUCCGAAUCCCCAGCGGUUUCAGUUAGUUAUUUCAAAAGCACCCAGUGGGGACCUUCUGGAUAAACAUUCUGAACUCUUUUCUAACAGACAUUUGCCAUUCACUCCACGCACUUUAAAAACAGAAGCAAAAUCUUUCCUGUCACAGUAUCGAUAUUAUACACCUGCCAAACGAAAAAAGGAUUUCACAGAUCAGCGGAUAGAAGCUGAAAGCCAGACUGAAUUAAGCAGCUCUAAAUCCGAUCGUGAGGCAGCUGAGACAACGAACGUCACAGACUCAGAAGUGAACACAGAGCAGCCCCAGGAACCUAGUUGUACAACAUGUGGUACCAAAGAAAGAAUAGCCCCUUUACCUUCACAAGAUCAUGGCUUACCACGGGGUGAGAAGAGAGACAGCACUCUUCAGUAUUCCCUGUCAAGGGCAGUAAGUCAGUAUUUCCUGCAGCCCCCUUCAAGGAGAAAAAUCUAUUCUGAUGAAGAAGAACUGUUGUAUCUGAGUUUCAUUGAAGAUGUAACAGAUGAAAUUUUGAAACUUGGUCUAUUUUCAAACAGGUUUUUAGAACAACUGUUUGAGCGACAUAUCAGACAAAAUAAACACCAUUUGGAAGAGGGGAAAAUGCGCCACCUGCUGCAUAUCCUGAAGGUGAACUUAGGCUGCACAUCUAAGGAAAAGCUAGACGACAUAAAACUAGAGGGAAUUGAUAUGUUGAAUUUACUUGAACUUGAAGAGGCUGAAAAUUCAGAACAAAAUGAAUAUAAAAAAGAACAAGAUACAGCAAUUCAACAGGAACGUCAAGAAUACCAAAAAGCUUUGGAUAUGUUAUUGUCUGCACCAAAGGAUGAGAAUGAGAGAUUCUCACCAAAUGAAUUUUUCAUGCCUGUCUGUAAAUCAAAGUAUUCAGAAGGGGUUAUAGUUCAACAGGUAAAAGAGCAAACAAAUCUUGGACCUUCAUUUUGGGAUGAAAAAAAUCCAAGUAUUUCAGAGAGCUUAACGGACCAAGAAACCUUGGUGAAUGUCAUUGAAGGUGACAGUGAUACUGAGAAGGUUGAGACGUCAAAUGAAUUAUGUUGUUUUAGCCCAGCACUUUCCCAGUCUGUUCAGCUUUGCAGUGUCAAAGGUGACAAUAAUCAUGACAUGGAAGGACCAACUCUUAAGAUCAUGGCAAUGAGCACUGAAGACGGCCCUUUGGAUCUUUGAUCUUCAUUAAUAAAUAUCCCAAAUGGCCAGUAA